AUGCAGAAACUCAAGUGGAGAAAUGAGACCAUAAUCACAGAAUUCAUCCUUCAUGGAUUUGGAGAGCUCCAAGAACUGCGUAUCCUUCUAUUUGUAGUCUUCCUAAUAAUCUAUAUCAUGACCAUGUCUGGAAACCUGACCAUCAUUAUACUAGUUUUGACAGAUCAGCACCUACGUACCCCCAUGUAUUUCUUCUUGGGCAAUUUGUCUUGCUUGGAGACCUGCUACACUUCAACCAUUCUCCCCAGAAUGCUUGUCAACUUCUUAACUGAGAACCAAGGUGUUUCAGUGAAUGGCUGUAUUGCACAAUUAUGGGCUUUUGUUUUCUUAGCAGUAACGGAAUGCUAUCUCCUAGCAGCAAUGUCAUAUGAUCGUUAUGUGGCAAUAUGUAAACCCUUACAUUAUUCAGUUCUUAUGAAUUUCAAAGUUUGCUUUUGGCUUGUAGCUGGAUCUUGGAUUGGCAGUAUUGUCAUAGACACUGUAUUGUUAGCAUUUAUAUUGCCAUUAUCCUUCUGUGGCCCCAAUGUAAUCGAACAUUUCUUCUGUGAUUUCAUUCCAAUGAUGAACCUAGCCUGCAGUGAUGCAAGUCAGGUAAAACUUGUAUCGGCUGUUCUGACCUCCAUUUCUACUAUGCCUCCAUUUAUUUUAACCAUAGCAUCAUAUGCACACAUCAUUGCAGCCAUUCUUGGAAUCCCAUCCACCACAGGAAGGCAAAAGGCCUUCUCUACCUGCUCAUCUCACCUUAUUGUGGUGACCAUUUUUUAUGGCACCCUCAUCACUGUGUAUCUUUUGCAAGAUGCCAGUGAACUUAAAGAGCUGAACAAAGCCUUCUCUGUUUUUUAUACCAUCCUGACUCCUCUGGUUAAUCCUCUCAUUUACAGCCUGAGGAACAAAGAGGUGAAGCAGGCUAUAAGGAGAACUGCUACCAAAUGUGUGAACUGCAUUAGAUUUCAUUGA